AUGCGUGAAGUUUACUCUCAAUUGCAAGGAGGUGCUGGCCCAUGCGAUAUCCUGCUCAACACACGGCUUGGAACACUCAGAGACCGUGUUCCUGCAACUCUCAUUGACGUCUACCAUUCAAUAAAUAACCCUCAGCGAAUCCAGAAAGCUUUUGAACUGUGCCGUUCAGGUGAAUUCAAUCUUUCACAGGCCAGCCUUACAUCUCCCUCACUCCGGGCCAUUCUCGACAAUUGUCAUAUCCAUCCCCGGCCAUCGACUUCCGGUCCCUCCGAUCCCUCCGGUCUAACUCCGCUCCUCCCUCACUAA